AUGGCUUCAUCAUCAAGCGCAUACAACUCACCCUGUGCUGCCUGCAAGUUCUUGAGGAGAAAAUGUAUGCCAGGUUGCGUCUUUGCACCAUACUUCCCACCAGAGGAGCCUCAGAAAUUCGCCAAUGUCCACAAGAUCUUCGGUGCCAGCAAUGUCACCAAGCUCCUCAAUGAGAUUCUCCCUCAUCAAAGAGAAGAUGCAGUGAACUCUCUCGCCUAUGAAGCCGAGGCACGAGUGAGAGAUCCAGUCUACGGAUGUGUUGGUGCCAUCUCUUUCCUCCAAAGACAGGUUGAGAGGCUUCAGAAAGAGCUUGACGCCGCAAACGCCGACUUGAUGCGCUUUGCCUGCAGUGAGAUCCCCACGGCGUUACCUGCACCACAGGGAGUGAUGAGUUCAGUUCAUCAUCAUCCUAUGGGUCCCCGUCCGAGGCCGGUUGAACUCAACAGAAGAAUGGGCAAUGAAGGUGGAGGUUUUUAUCAAACACCUAGUGCUUUCCCCUUUACUUAUUCGCUUCCAUGGAGCGAUAACCCUUCUGGGGAUAGUCAUGGAGGAGGUGGAGAAGGGAAGUUUUGA